UUUAAAGACCGGGAGCUUUUUGUCCCCUGCUGCGUGCAGUGUCAGCUUCCGAUCGGAAGUGGUGGCCGUGAGAGAAGAAGAUGGCGGCCCCUGUAGCCGCGGCACCUGGUGCAGUGACCAGCCGGCUUAACAAGCGCGGGGGCGGCGGACCGGGAGGCGGCGGCAGCGGGGGUGCCAGAGCGGCGGAGGAGGAGCCGCCGCCACCCCUGCAAGCAGUUCUGGUGGCUGACAGCUUCAACCGCCGCUUCUUCCCCAUCUCCAAGGACCAGCCCCGGGUCCUCUUGCCCCUGGCCAAUGUGGCACUAAUUGACUACACUCUGGAAUUUCUAACUGCUACAGGUGUACAGGAAACCUUUGUCUUUUGUUGCUGGAAGGCUGCCCAAAUCAAGGAACAUUUACUGAAGUCCAAAUGGUGCCGACCUACAUCCCUCAAUGUGGUUCGAAUAAUCACAUCAGAGCUGUAUCGCUCACUGGGAGAUGUCCUCCGUGAUGUAGAUGCCAAGGCCUUAGUGCGCUCUGACUUCCUCCUGGUGUAUGGAGAUGUCAUCUCAAACAUCAACAUUACCCGAGCUCUGGAGGAACACAGGCUGAGGCGGAAGCUAGAAAAAAAUGUAUCUGUGAUGACAAUGAUCUUCAAGGAAUCAUCCCCUAGCCACCCGACGCGUUGCUGUGAGGACAACGUGGUGGUAGCUGUAGAUAGCGCUGCAAACCGAGUUCUCCAUUUUCAGAAGACCCAGGGCCUCCGGCGUUUUUCUUUUCCUCUGAGCUUGUUCCAGGGCGGUGGAGAUGGAGUCGAGAUUCGCUAUGAUUUGCUGGAUUGUCAUAUCAGCAUCUGCUCUCCACAGGUGGCUCAGCUCUUCACUGACAAUUUUGACUACCAAACCCGGGAUGACUUUGUGAGAGGGCUGUUAGUGAAUGAAGAGAUCCUAGGGAACCAGAUCCACAUGCAUGUGACAACUAAGGAAUACGGUGCCCGGGUUUCCAAUCUACACAUGUACGCAGCUGUGUGCGCCGACAUCAUCCGCCGAUGGGUCUACCCUCUCACCCCAGAGGCGAACUUCACCGACCACGUGGCCCAGAGCUGCACUCAUUCCCGGCACAACAUCUACAGGGGGGCUGAGGUCAGCUUGGGCCACGGCAGCAUCCUGGAGGAGAAUGUGCUCUUAGGCUCAGGCACUGUCAUCGGCAGCAAUUGCUCCAUCACCAACAGUGUCAUUGGCCCCAACUGCCACAUUGGUGAUGACGUGGUGCUGGACCAGGCCUACCUGUGGCAGGGUGUCCAAGUGGCUGCUGGAGCUCAGAUCCAUCAGUCUCUGCUCUGUGACAAUGCCGAGGUCAAGGAGAGAGUGACCCUGAAGCCACACUGUGUCCUUACUUCCCAGGUGGUAGUGGGCCCAGACAUCACGCUACCUGAGGGCUCUGUGAUCUCCUUGCACCCUCCAGAUGCAGAGGAAGAUGAGGAUGAUGGCGAGUUCAGUGAUGAUUCUGGGGCUGACCAAGAAAAAGAGAAAGUGAAGCUGAAAGGUUAUAAUCCAGCAGAAGUCGGAGUUGCAGGGAAGGGGUACCUCUGGAAGGCUGCAGAUCUGAGCAGAGAGGAAGAGGAGGAGCUACGGCAGAGUCUGUGGGGACUCACAAUCAAUUUGGAAGAAAAGAGUGAGACCGAAAGUGAGCGGAGUGCGGAUUCUGAGGAGCUAGACAGCCGGGCAGGCUCGCCGCUGAUGGAUGACAUCAAAGUAUUCCAGAAUGAAGUCCUUGGAACUCUGCAGAGGGGGAAGGAGGAAAAUAUUUCUUGUGACAACCUCGUCCUAGAGAUCAACUCUCUCAAGUAUGCCUACAACAUAAGCUUAAAGGAGGUGAUGCAAGUCCUGAGCCACGUGGUUCUGGAGUUCCCGCUACAGCAAAUGGAUGUCCCACUGGAGCCAAGUCGAUACUGUACCCUGCUGCUUCCUCUGCUCAAGGCCUGGAGCCCUGUUUUUAGGAACUACAUAAAGCGUGCAGCUGACCACAUGGAAGCACUGGCGGCCAUUGAGGAGUUCUUCCUGGAGCAUGAAGCUCUUAGUCCUUCCAUGGCCAAGGUGCUGAUGGCCUUCUACCAGCUGGAGGUCCUGGCUGAGGAAACAAUCCUCAGCUGGUUCAACCAAAGGGAUACAACUUACAGGGAACGGCAGUUGCGCAAAAACCCACAGCUACAGAGGUUCAUCCAGUGGCUCAAAGAGGCAGAAGAGGAGUCAUCUGAAGACGACUGAAGCUGCACCGCCUGCUCCUUUGGAUGUGGGGAUUACAGAGCAAAUCAGGCUGGCUGUAGAAGGACAGGCGACCACCAGCUGUGUCGAGACUUACUGGAGCAGAGACCGAACAACAGUAUUCUUCCCACCGCCAACCUGUGUCUCCCCUGCUGACCGGGGAGUUGGGCUUGGGAAGUUGGACUGGAACGACGCCACUGCCUAAGGAGGAGCUCGCAGGCCUUGCACCUUAGAGGAAGGCCACGCGAACAACCAACUGUACUCUGGCUUUCCCUCAGGGAACAGCAGGCAGCAACUGGUCCUCUAUGCUGCUUGUAUGUGUUAAUAUUAAAAGAGAGAGUUGUA